CGGCUCACAGCUCUACUAACACAGAGGAGCAGCGUGACACCAGCACACAGGUAGAGUAAGCUUUGCAAACUUCAUUCUCUCCAUACAGGUGGCUGGGGCUGGGGCUGGGGAGCUGGAAAGGGGAGCUACUUCAGGAAUGUAGCAUCUUUAACCCCAGCAGUGCCAGCAUAGCUUGUGUUUGAAGCAAACUGCUGAAUGUUUGGGAUAUUUCAAAACCUAAAUAUCGCAUAGGUAUAUUUAUUCUCAGUAGUAUGAUGAGCUUUUAGAAAUGUGAUAACACAUUAUAUUUAACCUUGUAUUGUCCAAGACAAACCACAAGCAGAUUAAUUUAACAAAAAUGAGAUUUUAUAUAUAUUUAUUUAUUUUUAUUAUUUAUUUUUUUUAGUCUGUGAGUGGCUUGUAUUUGGCAAUCAAAUGUUAAAUAUAAUGUGCUUUUACUUUUUUACUUUCCUUGAAGCCUUUUCUAGUUGACCAUUAUUAAAUCACCAGACUGCUAUAUUUCUGAAAACUAUUCAAUUUACAAUUGAAUUAAUUGAUUUGAUUUGUGUAUGUAUAUACACUGUAUCUGUGUACCUCCUGGCAUUGUAUGUUAGAACAGGAAUAGGUGAAAGUAUACAUUUCCAUUUCUCCCCCCCCAAAAAAAGACAGAUGAUUCAAAGAUUUUGGGAACAUAGACAGCAGUGGGAAGUACUUUACCAUUAAUUAAAUUUAAUUAGCAAUGGAGGGUAAUUAAAAAUGAUGUAAGUGCAUACAUUGUUAUAUAUAUUUAUCUACUGUAGAUAGAUAGAUGGAUAGAUAGAUAGAUAGACAGACAAACAGACAGAUAGUUAGGUAGAUAGGAUAGAUUUGCAUGAAGGUUUAAAAACUAGUAUUACCAACUUUCAAAUGUGCACUCAGGCUUGCUUGCUGAUUAUUUUUGUUUAGAUUGUAAUAGAUUGUAAGCUCUGUUACUUUUUUUUCUGCUUGAAAUUUUCUCAUCAUUUAUUCCUGUUUGGCUGUUUGUCCUGUGUGAUGUGCGAUUGAAUGAGCUAUACACCAGUGAAAGGCUAUACACAAGUGAAAGGCUAUACACCAGUGAAAGAGGCUUGAUCUGAAAUCAUAAUGGAACAAAGUCUGUACGAUAGGACGAUACAGUUCAUUUCUGAAUAAAUUUACAAAGUUGAAGAAAAUUAAAACCUUCAGCUUUGUCUAACUGUUCAGAUAUGAAAAGUUAAAAAUCACCUUAAAGGACCACUAUAGUGCCAGGAAAAAAAACACUCGUUUUCCUGGCACUAUAGUGCCCUGAGGGUGCCCCCACCCUCAGGGACCCCCUCCCACCUGGCUCUGGAAAGGGGAAAGGGGUUUAAACUUACCUUUUUCCAGCGCUGGGCGGAGAGCUCUCCUCCUUCGUUCCGCCCCGUCGGCUGAAUGCGCACGCGCGGCAAGAGCUGCGUGCGCAUUCAGCCGGUCACAUAGGAAAGCAUUCAUAAUGCUUUCCUAUGGACGCUGGCGUGCUCUCACUGUGAAAAUCACAGUGAGAAGCACGCAAGCGCCUCUAAUGGCUGUCAAUGAGACAGCCACUAGAGGCUUUGGGGGAAGGCUUAACCCAUUAAUAAACAUAGCAGUUUCUCUGAAACUGCUAUGUUUAUUAAUAAUGGGUUAACUCUAGCUGGACCUGGCACCCAGACCACUUCAUUAAGCUGAAGUGGUCUGGGUGCCUAGAGUGGUCCUUUAAGGACUGUUAUCAAAAAAAGGGAACCCUUUGAUCUUCCACCGUCAUUGUUAUAUGUAAUGACCCAUAUAAUUAACAUGCAUACUCAAUUAAUAUAAUUUAUAUUACCCGCACACACACUAACUGCAGGGCAUAAUAACAAUAUAGGCUUAUAGUUGAAAAUGAAGGGCAUAUGUUACUUGUGGACAGUAUUACUAAGCAAAGAAUUGUUUUACAUCAGAGGUGUUGAAUUGGGCUCCUCAAUUACAAUUAUUUAUAUAGUGCCAACAUAUUUCUCCCCGUUGUAAGAUAAGAAUUAAAUUCAAACAGAACAUGUAUGACAAACGGGAACAGCAGACGAAGAGGGCCCUAGGAUCCCCAAUCCUCCUGUUAUUGGACCAAUACACCUAUCAUUCCAAACCAGCCAAUGACACAUCUUGUGCAGAAAUGAAACAGCUGUCAAACACUAUAGUGCACUCAAAUCUUCUAGAUUAUCGUUUUUAUUUAUAUCUGUGGCCUUUGGGUGGAAAUAAACCAAGACAUUGUCAUGUGUGUGUAUGCAGCUGUGCUAUAAACAUGUACAAUUCGGCUCGUUUGUGCUAUUAACUUUUAGCUUUUUUUCACACAGUUGUCAUAUUUUCCUUGGCAUGGACUUUUAUUAUGCGCCUGCUUUAUAUCGAGUUGAAGCUGGUGUUAUGCUGCUAGACAUUGCAUUUAUGCCCAAUAUCUCUAUUUAUAUAAACCUUUUCUGCUACCUGUACUAACAAUUAUUUACCUCUCAUUUUAUUAUAUAUACAAAUUGUCUUUUAAAUGGAAAUGUGAAAAAACAGAAAUAUAUAUAUAUAUAUUAGCAUCCUGCCCUGCAACUUAAAUCUUAACAAGCACAUGUAGGGCCAUGUAAAGCCAGUGUACAAUUAUCUAGUAUUCUAGGCACAAUUCAGUUUGCUAUUUAUUGUAUAUCCCAUAUCCCCUCCAGUCUCUUUUACUCUCUAGUUUCUCCCUCUGUCAGUCUUUUCUUGUCCCUGUCUGUUUCUCUAUCUGUCUCAAACGUGCCUGUCUUUCCCAGACCCCAGAUUUUUUUUUAAUCUCACAAUCAUUUGUUUUGCCUAGUCUACUUACCAUUAUUUUACUUUUCCCUUUCUUCAUUAGUUUUACAUCUUAACUCAACUAUUUUCCGCAUCUGCUUCCCCAAUUGCUCUCCUCCACAAUAAUUUCCGCUAUCAUUAUACCUGUCUCUUUUAUCCAGCUCUAUGAAAAGAGCACAGUAGCAUUAGGAAUAUAUAUCUGAAUUACUAACGCUACAGCCCUGAUACCCCUUGUCAACUAGCCCCCCAACUGUAUAAAAAUUUAAUAAAUCAAAAAGGAACAAAUUACUCACCAUUUCUACAGCGCUAAGUCUCCCUCUACUACCUUGACUACUUGCACAGGUUACAUCAGGAUGACCAGUCAUUUCAAUUCUCCUCACAGUGGAGUUUUGGUGAGCAUAUGCACCUGCUGUGAUGCGCCUACAUUUCCUUUCAUUUCCAAUUAUUGCACUCAUGUGACCAUGUCGGCACUGCGCAUACUUGAGCUGCGCUUCCAAUCCUUCUAUUUAGUUUAAUAUUGGGUUUUGGGGGAUAGGUUAGAGUGGCCAGCUAAAGGCACUAUAACAACUUCAGUAAGAGUGCCUACAGUGUUCCUUUAAAUGUGUUGGCAAAAGUGCAUUCAUUUUGUUGCAAGUAUGUGAUGAGUUGUAUGUUAGUGUGUGGAGGAUGCAGGUGUUAGUGUGUCUAUAUAUCACAUUAUGCAACCGACCAAUAAAAAAAAAAUGAUGUGGUGGGUUGCAUGCAUAUGUGACAUUUUGAUGUGUUUGGGAGGAGAGAGGGGCACUUAGGGGCACUCACUGCUACUAUUAUCCUUUUUUUUAUUAUUCUUUAUCAAUUUAAGUAUAGUUUAAUUACCCACCAAGAUAGAUAAUCCCUUGUGUUCUGGUGUUAUUCUCCAAUGGUUACAGAUCACUUUUAUUGCUCCAUCCAAUCCUGAACUCCUAAAUGAAUGAGUGUGUGGGGCAGGUAAACCUGCUCUUCGUAAGAUUGUGAGGGAUCAUUGAUAGUGAAGUGCACUUGUCAUAAAGUGCCGUCAUUUGGGCUGGCAUUGUAUGCCCUGAGCACCUGACAUAGAUGCACAGUGGAAAUUUUCAUAUCGUCCAAAUUAUUUUGGACAAAAUACAUUUUGAUUUAUCUAAAACAAAUUUCGAUUUGUUGAUUCGUUUCGGUUGAAAUUCGUCGAAUGGAAUGCCAUGCAGGCAAAUCUUUCUUUGGUUUAGAAAAGUAGAUGAAUCCCUAAUUUGGUGCUUUAUGCGGGAUCGCCAUAUUUAAAGAUUUUAAAUUAGGGUGGAAGCUGUGUUUUAGUAUCCUUAAAUAUGACAAUCCCACAUAAGGAUACAAAAUUAGGGAUAUAUGUACUACGCAACUGAAAGAGCGUCAUUAAGAACAGGAUUUUUCCAACUGAAUAAAAUGGUAUCUUUAUGUGGGUUUGACAUAUUUUAGAGUACCAACUAGGGAGCUGUUUACUAGAUCUAGCUCCCUUAUUUGUUAUCUUAAAUAUGGCAAUCCUGUAUCAGGAUACCAAAUUAGGAAACUAUAUACUAAGCAGCUGAAAGAUCAAAAUUAAGAAAACCCCUUUUUUUCAUUGUAGUUUUACAGUUGUUUAUUAGAUUAUUCUCUAAUUUGGUAUUCUGAUAUGGGAUUGCCAUAGUUAAGUAUACGAAAUUAGAGAGCUAUCGAAUAAACACAACAGCUCCCUAAUUUGGCAGUGGUACACUUAAAUAUGGACUUGUAAUUACACAUAAACUUACCAUUUUACAAGAACGAACUAAUAAAUAAAUUAAAUGAAAAAUGUUAUUCGCAGCAAUUUCAUUGAUUAGUUCAUUCUUCCAUUGUGCCAUUCGGAAUUUGGAUGUACAAGCUGAUUGUCGGCCGAAUUGAAAUUCUCAUGGAAACAAUUGCUCAAGUCUGAUAAGCACUUGAAAAAUGACUAUUUACUGCAGACAACAAUGGUCCCACAUUGAGUGUGCUAAUGAAAGAUACAAACUCUAUGUGGAUACAGUAAUGUUAUUUUCAUUUAAGGCAUAUGUAAACAUAAAGAUAGAAGGUAUGCAGUAGCUUAUCUCCUGAGUGAAAUUAAUUCACUAAUGAUGCACAAAAGUGUGAGGGGGACAGGAGAGAAAGGAUAUUGGUAGAGUAUCCUAUGGAGUGGAAUACCCUACCAGUUGCAGGAAACAGUAAGGGUACAGUAGAGAACUUAACGUGCAACCUUAAUGCGUGAGUAUUAAAACAACUUUUUUUUAAAAACAUUUGUUUUUUAUUGCAUUUUGUCAACUCGUCAUACAUACAAUAACAUCAGCUUUUUACAUCUUAACUUUGCUUGAGUUACAGUCAGUAUUGGGACAUCAAACACAAAACAUGUCAUUGCAGCAGGAGCUUACAAUUAGUUGUCAUACAUUUAAACCUUAACUUUUAAUGAUAAAUUUCUAAUAUGUAAAAACUGGUGAGAGUCAACACCCAACCAGUUUUUACAUAUUAGAAAUUUAUCAUUAAAAGUUACAUUUUAAUAUUCACGCAUCAAGGUUUCUCUCCUGUUCCCCUCACACUUUUGUGCUUUAAUUUAAGGCAGCCUUAACAAUGUGAAAUAUGAUUUUGUUGAAUGUAAGCUAUUCAUACUAUUCUAACGAAAUCCCUUUGCAGAAUUUUCCUGUAUCAAGCUUAACUAUAUAAACUGCUGUCUACUUUUAUAAUUAUUUUAACACAUAAAGAUAAAGAUUUUUCUUUUAUUAUUCCUCCCUUUUUUUUACAUUUACUCUGCUCGCAUUCCUUAACAUUUCAGAAGCAUAUGAAACAUCUAGAUUAGAAUUGAUGUUAUGUUUUUUAUUUUUAUUUUUUCCUUAAAUCAAUUGAUUCCUAGACAGAUUCUUACUCUGACACCGUUAGAAUUAUCUAUGGGAUUGGGAAGAAUCACAUUACUUUGGAUCCAAAUCAAUGUUUUUAUAUUUGUAAUUCCAACCUUAUUAAAUAUAAUCAGCAAAUGGAAAAUUCGAUUAAAAUGCAAAUGCAUCAAUAUUUUUUUUUUUUUUUAGGACAUAAUGUUGAAGUACUUACUAAUGAACGUGAUAAAAAUAUAACAGAACACAAUUACAUAAUAAUAAAUUGUGAAGUCAAUGAAGGAUGUAAUAAAUACAAAAAUACAUCUGAGUGAAAACAGAAAUAAAUAUAGCUUCUAAUUUAGGGUUGUUUAGGGAUGCAAUUUCCUCCAUUUUUAAGACACACAUCACAUAUUCAAAUUAGUGGACAGCAUAGUAUUUAUACACCACAUUCUGCAGGUAGUAAAUCAGGUUCAAAUCAGUUAGGAAGAGAAUCCUGCAGCAUAUGCAUUCUACAUACAAUAGGGCAGCAUUUUCACAUGUUGCCAAUCAAAGUGAUGAAAUCAUGUGUCCAAUAAACCAUGGUGGAUAUAGCAACCCAACUGUUAUGAGAAAGUCUUAUCAGGGGUUUAACCCCUCAAGGACACAACUUCUGGAAUAAAAGGGAAUCCAUGUGUCCUUAACUCCUUAAGGACCAAACUUCUGGAAUAAAAGGGAAUCAUGACAUGUCAGACAUGUCAUGUGUCCUUAAGGGGUUAAGGGGUUAAUAUCUACGUCUUGAGGGAUUUUAGAAUAUGAUGAGACAAGUUUUCCUAACAUCAUUUUUACUUUAGCACUAAUUUAGAUGGUAACAAUAAGCCAAGCAGACUACAAACUUUAAUGCAAUGGUUCAAAUUAUGUUUUAAACACAAAGAAAGUACAUGGCAUAACUUUGGCAACUCAUUUUUUUAAUUGUAAAAUUAGCUCAGGAUCCAUUAUUACAUUAAAUAACCUCAAGUAAAAUGUAUUGUACUAAAGAGAUUCAGUAAAAUUGCACAACAUCAAAGCACCCUCCAUUGGAUUGGAGAUGGCAUUAUUGCCACUAUAACAAUCUUAUGAUCCAAUGUGGAAAGUAGCCUGGGGGCUUGACAAAUAUAUUGUGCUUGUUCCAACCAAAGAGACCCAAAGAGCAUAACAUGCAUUAACAUAACUAGCACCUUCAACAACUUUUUAUCUGUUAACGUUACUUAGAUUGCAGACAAGAUGAUGGCAUCACUGCCCUCUUAAUUAGGGAAACUCAAAAAGAUUUAUUAUAGAGGACAUCAAUGAUGUAAUCCAGAUCUACAAUGUGCCCCCUAGCCAUAGUUAUACAUUAUCUACUACUCAAAGCUUUACAUGGUUACUGGUAUUGAUCAAUUAGUCCACGUAUGUCACCUAUAUUUUAAUAUAAAAUAAUUUGAUUGAAUAUUAUAAUGGAGGUCAUGUCACUAAGCACAUUGGACUGUUUGACUAUGAUAACAAUUGUUCUGUGACCGAUUUACCAAUAUCGUUUAUAAUUAUAUCUGCCAGAUAGUAAUUUAUGUUGCGUUUGUGUACAAAAAUAUAGAAAACUAUUAUAACAUAUUUGGCACAAACGUGAUCAAUCUUCAUAAGCAUUGAAUUCUGGACACAUAGCUCAUCCAGGAAUUAUAUACUAGUAUGGCAAUAUACAAUCAAACUGAUGUAAUAGACUUGUUUCUAUUUAGUAACUUAUCCUAAAACAAUAUAAGUGGAAGACAGUGACGUAGGACUGGACUGACUAAUGAAAUCUAUGGGAAAACUGUUUCUCCGUUACCAGUGAUAAAUUGUCUGUGGCUGUGGAACCUAGCCCUUAGUUUAAUUAUUAUUAUUUUUAUUAUCAAUUAAGUCAUAUCCUUUAUUUGCUGUCAAAAGCAUUUCAUGUCAGGUGCAGUUAUAUUUCCCCAUCAAUGUUUACUAUAUAAAACUGCAGUGUCGAUUUGCAAAGCAGUACACUGUGGUAAAGUUAUACUUCAAUGGUUAUUGGAACAUUCUUCAGUUUGGUUUAGUGGGGAAUUGUUUGUUUGUUAAAUAGCUAUUUUGCCUUGAUUUAGUAAAUCAGUUGUUACUUUUCCCAUCACACAUACAUAUUUGGCUGUUUAAAUGUACUUAUUAAUGUUGGUUUUUUUUUAGAAUAUGCAGCCAUAUGUUUGUUUCUAACACAUCAUAAAUAAAAUUUAUUUAAAUUUCCAUAAAUUCCCCAAAUUUGACCCAAAAUUGCAAUUUGGAUCCAAAUGAGUUUGCAUUUAUUAAUGGCAAUUUAGACACACAUUCUGAGAUUAGUCCAUAAAGUGAGUAAUUUAAAUCAAUUGGGUCUGCUGAAAAAAAAAAGUACAAAAAUGUCAAAAUUCUGAGUAUGGGGAUGGUUUUCAGUAGUGAGUACACUUUCCCGAUAUUGGUGGAGCCUUCAGAGCAUUAUUCAUUUAACUGAUUAAUACUACAGUACUAUAUUUUCUGCAUGUGGAAAUCAUGUCGAAUUUUUUUAUAAUACUACUACUACUCACCAAAGCCAUCAGAUUCCUCACAAAUACCCCUAAGCAGUGUGUUAGACCAUUUUCAUUUAUCUUUUUUCUUUUUUUAGUUUUAUUAACCAUUUUAGAUAGGCCACGUGGGAGCUUUUUAUGCAGAAGUCACCCUGGAGCCGCAGGUAGCUGAGUGAUCACUGAUUGGUGGGGACCGGGAUAACCCCAGCUGGCCUAGAGGUGGGGGAGGAGAGUACGGGGCUCUAUAGAUCCACAAAGAAGAAAGCCCAAGCCGCCCAGGACAGAGAGAUCGGCCACUUCUCCCGCAGAGGAAAAAACAGGCCAUGAGUUGUUGGUGGCUGCCACUGCUGGGCUUUGAGAGUAUGGAGGUCUGGAUCUCACUCCAAAGUUGCCUAACUUUAAACUUUAGGCCAUAAUAGCCUAGGAAAAAUUAUCCCAGUCAAUUUUGUUUUCAUUUGUGCCACUUUGUCCUUAUUUUUUAAAUUGAUGAAUUUAUUUUAAAUUUACAACACUUUAGAGAAUAACCAUAUAACCAUAUUUUUCACACAUCACAAAUUCAUAAUUGUUUUUAAAAAAAUAGAGGUUAAUUAAAUAUUAUAUUAAAAUUUCUGGGAAGUGAGGGAAACCAUUAAAAUAAAGUCAAUUUUGGAAAAUGGGAACACAAGUAUUUAAGAUGAAAAGAAAUCCAUAAAUGGGCAACAGUGCACCUUAGUCUCCAUGUGUAAAAAUGUAAACACACGUAGAUAUCUAUAAAUAUUGUAGAAAACAGAUUGAGAAUGUGUAAUUCUAGUUUCUAAGACAUUAUGCAUUCUAUUUCUAUUAUAAAAAUAGAGCCAAAAGACAUGAAAUACAUGCCCAAAACUAUAAUUUGCCUAGGCAAAUGAGUCAAGUUUGAUCCCAUUCUAGUAUGUCUGUGCCAGAACCUCAUAAUUUUAAAAACAAAAUUAUCAUCUCUAAGACACGUUAAAUCUGGUGAGUGAUAAAAAUGCAAUAUCCCACGUAACUCGUUUCAACAGCAAAUAUAGCAUAUAUAGAGGCAUAAAAAUACAUAUAUCUCUCAACAUAUAGAUAUAUUAAUGGGAGGUCACCAAUCAUUUACAAACAGAAGCUGUUGGAGAAAAUAGAUAGAAUAUUCGACACUGUCAAAGUUUUGGUAACAGAAUGUGGAUUUGAUUCAGCUAAAUAUCUGGUGCGGAGUAUAAACUAAUACUGUCUGAAUGUGUUCUUUUUUGAACAAUCUGGCAUGGUUUCUUUCCACUAUAUGUAAUAUGUUGGAGUAUUUAUGAUUGAUGCAUGGGUUAGAAGCUAUCCUUGCUAUUACUAUCUACAGUAUUUAUUUGCAGUUAUACUAUUGCUGUAGUCCACUUUCCGUUUUAUUUUGUCCAGAAAUGGGAAUCUGACUUCAACAUUAGCUAUUCGGUCAUUCAGUAUAAUUUCUGACAAGGUUAUUUGCUAAAGAGAGAAUUGUUGGGGAUCCAAAGUGAAUUUAAAAGUGACUCUCUCGUUUUUAGUCCAGAUUAGACGAAAGUUAAGCAGUCCUGCUAUUGUUUAACCUUAGAUUUGAAAUUCACUUUGAAUUCAUGACAUUUCUUAUUUUAGUGAACAACCUCAUAUUAAUAAUAACAUUGAGGCAGGCAGUCCUGCGUGUUGCUGGAAAGGCCAGAAGCUCAAAUAUUUUUUGUCACUAAAUCUGCCAUUAAAAAAGCACGAAUACAGUUUUCUCCUACUUGGGUUUGAGGCACAGGACCUGCUGACCAUAUGGUAAUUCCUAAUCACAUUAAUAAUAUUAGUAUAGUAUUUAAUCAGGAAAGGUACAUUUUGAUUAUCAACAUUUAUCAAAUUUUCAAGUAUGGCUCAGGGUGUAGAUGUUAUUGUAAUUCAAUUGAAUAGUUCUCUUUAUAAAGGACGAAAGAAUGAGUUUACUUUGUGAGUCUGAGAUACUGGAGCUGGACUCAUGUAUACCAAGUUAGCUUACCCAGAGUGCAGAUGAUCCAAAAAUGGUGAUGGAUGGAUAUUCCAAUUUACUUCACUGGGGUAGGAAGGACAUACUAUUCUGCAUCAUCAUUGGAGAUCUGUCAGCUUUUCCAGAGUCUUAAAGCAUAUUUCAUUUAAAGAAAAUCAUCAUGGGUGUCAGGUUUUAUCACUGCAGUUUGUGUCACCUUCUAAGUUAUUUGUGCGUGCUGUAGAUUGAUCCCACCAUUGUGGUCUGGUGUGUCUAAUCGUUUCACUUUAUACUCCUAUCUCCUUUAGAAACAUAGCAAAGGAUCUAUUUAUAUAUUUAUUUUGAAGGAAUGGGUUGGAAACUAUUAACCUCUGUGUAGCUAAAUUAUUGAAUAUCCAGUCAUGGAAUUUGUUGGUGCUAUAGAAAUAUAAUAAAAAUAAUAAUGGGGAGAUCAUGUCCAACCAAACCCUUAAAGCAGGGAUAGGCAACCUUUGGCACUCCAGAUGUGUACUACAUCUCCCAUAAUGCAUUACUUGAGGGAAGCUGUAGUCCACAACAUCUGGAGUGCUGAAAGUUACCUACCCCUGCCUUAAAGGAUGCUUGUCAUACUCCUUCAAUGAUUAAAAUCAUAUCUUUGGAAAGACAAGAGAAUUAGAACCUGGGAAAUGUUGAGAUAUGUCAUUUAAUGCCACUGCAACAAAAAAAAAGAGAAGAGGAAAAAUCUGGAAAAAUCACCUGACUGAAAAAUACUUUCCUCCUUGUGUUUUUCUCUCCUUGUCUGGCACUCACUUGGAAAGAAUGUUAUUUAGCUGGUUUCGGGGAAGGAUGUCAUACAGCUGUUGGGUGAAGAACUGGAAAAUAUGUUUGAUGUGAUGUAAAUUAUCGGUGUAUACAAACGUAGCAUCAUGUGAUGUUUCCAAAUCCAGUUUCUCAUCAAAUAUACUACAUUAAUAUUUGCAUUUACAGUAUUUAUAAUGUUUUACUCAUGCAAUGAGAAUGUCAGGCUCUAAUUACUUGAUACGUAUCUUCCACAGGGCUUGUCACUUCCCUUCAACAGCUUUUGAUACCCUCUGCACCACUGGAAAAAUGAGGAAUUCUUCUGUUGGCCUUGCAAUUCUUUUCCUAAUGGUGGUGAGAACAAGUCGUGGAACCUGUGGAGAGCCCCAGGAAUCUCAGGCCUCUGGGGUACAGCUAAAGGUAGGGUGCAAUAUAUGGAUAUUAUUAUAUUGUUAUAAAGUACAAAUAUAUGUUUAUUUUGAUUUAUUAUUAUUAUUAUUAUUAUUAUGGUAUUUAUAUAGCGCCAUCAAAUUCCGCAGCGCUUUACAAUGGGUGGACGAACAGACAUGUAGUUAUAACCAGACAAGUUGGACACACAGGAACAGAGGGGUUGAGGGCCCUGCUCAAUGAGCUUACAUGCUAGAGGGAGUGGGGUAAAAUUACACAAAAAGGUAAGGAUAGUAUUAGACUAGUGACAGUUGCAGAAGAGGAAUCAGUCUGGAGCUAUUAACAGUUAAAUUGAUACGCUUUUAUGAAGAAGUGGGUUUUUAACGAUUUUUUGAAGGAGUGGAAACUGGGUGAGCAUCUAAUGGAGGACAGGAAUGGUGCAGCCCUCGAGAAAUCUUGAAGGCGAGCAUCAGAGGUGGGAAUACGGACAGAAGAUAGACGUAAGUCUUCAGCAGAUCGUAAGGGCCUAGACGGGACAUACUUGUGUAUGAGGGAGGAUAGAUAGGUGGGAGCAGCAUUAUGUAGAGAUUAGAAAGCAAGAACCAGAAUUUUAAAUUUAGCUCUAUAUUUUUUAGAAAGCCAAUGUAGGGACUGACAGAAGGGUGAGGCAUGGCAGGUGCGGGCGGACCGGAAGAUGAGCCUCGCUGCCGCAUUCAUUAUGGACUGUAACAGCGCAAGUUGGGAGCAUGUAAGACCACUGAGAAUGGAUUACAGUAGUCGAGGCGAGAAAGGACAGUGGAAUGGACCAAAACCUUAGUCGCAUCUGGCGUUAAGUAGGGGCAGAUGCGCGCAAUGUUUUUGAGAUGGAAAUGACAGGAUUUGGCGAUAGAUUGAACAUGAGGCUUGAAGAGGAGGUCGGAGACAAAGAGAACACCUAGGCAGCGAGCCUGCGUGGUGGUGCUGAUGGUAGCAUUUAUUGAUGAUAAACAAGACAAGACAUAAAAGGAAAACAAGUAACCAGAUAAAGACUAAAUCACCAAAUGUGUGCAAACUUUAUCUCUGUGUACAUAUUAGUUAUACACUAAUUCCAUUGUACAUUAGCUGAAAAGUGCGUAAUAUUAUCUUGGUUAGCAAACUGUGUGAGCAAUGACAGGUGUGUAGAUCUGAAAGUGUAGGGUGAUGAAUAAAGAACUAUUCAAAAGAACUGAAAUUGUAGGCAAUUAUAAUAGGUAUGUAGCAUUAGACAAAGUCUGAUGAAACUCUUUAAGAAAUUCCAUAAGGAUGAUUCUCUCCAAAGUAAAACAAUAAGCAAUAGUUGGUGGUGGAGAUUGUAGUGUAAUGACCAAGAGCUAAUUACUUGUUAAUUGAGAAGUAGUUUCAACUUUGAACAGGAGAGUUGGAAUUUUUUAUUGAAUCCUAAAGUAUAUAGAAAGCUAGUGUAAAAAUUGGCAGUAUUGUGGGAUUAUGUAAAAUUGAUGGAUAAGGAAGAUAUGCCUGACAUCCAGCAUUGAUUAAAGGGGAAAGAUGGAAGUCAAUGAAAAGUAACUUUGGAGUAGCCAAGAAGGAACACAUUCAGUAUGAGUUGAAGAACUUUGGCUCUAUCUUAUGUUGCAAUGGGGCAAAUGCAAGAUAUGUAUUCUAAAGGUUGCCAGUCCCUGGUGAUCUUCUGUUCCGAAAUUACAACCUAAUGUCAUCCUGCACAUGAGAGGAAUUUUGGUUCUUGGUCAGAGUAAGACUGAUGAAAAUUUCAGAACCAAGACACUAGAUGUUUAAUAUUCCAGGAAGCCAAAGGAUGUGGAUCAUUAGUCUACGGGCAUGGUAAUGUUUCAAACCACUGCAGAUCAUUUUGGUACAAAUUAUUAUACAUAAUAGUAUAAUAGUGUAGAACGAAACUAAAUACGUUUGAUUUAGUUAUAUUCAUCGUUAAAUUCAUCUAUUAUAAAUUUAUUUUAAGGACUGCUUUCAUCAAUAGCUAUAGGUUAUGCAAGCUUUUGUAGCAUGUAGGGACUCCUAAUUAUAUCAGCCAUCAAUCACUUAAAGCCAACGUCAGAGGCAUCUUCUUGCACAAUGCAUAAUAGAUGUCAAUGAAAAUGAAAUACUCAUGCACAGGAUACUUCCAGUGACAUAACAGUCUUGUGGGAUUUUUCAUAAAGUCCUGUUUUUUAAUAUUGCAAAUGCAUUAGAACAUAGCAGUGACACGCGGAAGAUGAAAUUACUGGCAAGCGAGGCUGCAAACAGUUACAAGAAGAAGAUGGAGGUGUUAAAAGCACACAACCGGGUGCUGAAUAAAUAUUCAUUAUUUUAACUUCCAUUUCAAAUCUUUAAGUUCCUGAUUUUCGAUUACAAUAUCGGGUUCCUGAGUUCCUGGGAGUUCAAAUUGCUUAAAGCUUCAUCCAAUAUCUCUGUUUGAGAUGAUAUGCACUACAAGUCCCGAGCCUACUUCCAAUUGUCUCUAAAAAGUGUGAGUUUAUCCACUAUCUUCAUAAAACCAUAUACACCUUACACAGGUUACGCUAGGUAAAUCUGUUCUUUAUUUCAUCCAAUAUAGGAUAAAAAGAAAUCCUGUUUUAUUCGAUUACUAAAGAGAAGUACAUUGUAAGGAAUAUUUCUGUUAUACUUUGUAAGAAGAAUCUGUACAUGAGGUAUUUUUCCUUACAUUUCUGUGUGCGCUUAACACCCUUUUCAUUCCAUUAUACACAACUGUGUCUAUGCAGUAUUUUUUAUAGCAACACCAGUAAUCAUUUUCCUUACAUAAGGUAUGUCAGACUGUGCCACCCCAGGUGCUCUUACAGAAUAUUCUCAUAAUUAUCUUUUUAGCAAAGUGAGUGUUAUCCAACAUCAGUUAUGGAAGGGAACAUAGAUAGAUUUACGGAUUUCACAUUUGAUAGUGAGAGUGCUUGACGAGAGGUGCUUCCAGUGGAGUGACGAACAGCAGACUUUUUAUUUCUGUCUAUUUUGUGUAUUUGAUACAUUUGUUUUUUAAAGUGACACAAUAGGCACCCAGGUCUCCGUGAAGUGGUCUGGGUGCAGAGCCCCGUCAUUUUAACCCUGUAAUAUAAAAUAUUGUAGUAGAUGCAGCAAUGUUUUCAUUGCAGAGCUAAACAUACCUCUAGUGUCUUUUUGUCAUCCACUAGAAGCGCUGCCACUAUGAGAAUCAGGUUAGACUCAGUUCUCACACAUCAACUCCUCUGAGAGCAUUAGCAGGAGAGCAGAGCUUGCCGCACAUGUGCCUCACAUCCCCAAUGCUCCUCUAUGUUCCUUUAUUAUAUGUAAUAGUAUUGGACAUUCUGCUUAGUGUGUGGUUUUAUAGCCAUGUUUAUAUUUAAAGUGUCAUUGCAUAAAAGUAAAAGUGACAUAUAUUUCUAAAACAUUAUAACAUAUUAAAGUUAUGCAAACAAUGAAGUAAAACAUAUAAAAAGAUAAUUACAUUUAAUGUACUUGCACAUGCCAGCUGCAGCACCUGAAACAUUACAGUGAACCAUUACAAGUGUCUUUUAUUCAGUAUAUAGCAGCAAGCAUAAAAUAGAAAAUUUCCAACUAGCCAGUAGUUUUCCAAGAAUUGCAAUGGCUUAUCCUUGCUGCUAUACUCUAAAUAAAAGACAAUUGUUACAUUGAAGAAGUGCUAGACCACUAUAUCUUCACUGGAUUUUGGAUACUGGUGUGAAGAAACUCAACCACUGGUGUAGGUGCUCAUCCAUUUCAUUACUUUUGAAAACCCCUUUUCAGAUUUUGAUGUGCACAUCAGAAGUGGCAGUCUUAGAGUUGCAGGAUGUUUGCAAACUUCUAUAUUUAUUGCCAUGUGCACGGUGCCAGGGAACCUCCUUACACUUCCGACCCCAUAGCAACUUAAGCCAAGUGUUCAACUGUCAUCCUACCUCCAUGGGUUAACCCUUGUUUCUAAGGUUUAACCUUACAGUUGGGGGUUUUGUGCCUGGCACCUCUUCCACCAAGCUUCCUUCCUCUCUUUGCUGAAAUAUGAGGAAGGUUUAGCUGGAAGGUAAGUGAUAGACUGAGAGUGCCCAUUGAGAGAAAGAGUAUGUAACUACAAAAUGGUUUAACCCUUAAGACAGUAUCUGGGUAAGACAGCAUCUGGACAUUUCUGCACCCAUAACAAUGUAAAAGGACUUACGUUGUUAUGGGAGUGGAAGCAAUAUACUGCCUAAUGCGUGGUGUUGGUCAAACCAUGUGAAUGAGUGUUUCUCAUGAUCUUAUGUCUGGAUAUGGUAUUAUCCUAUGCCUCAAUAUGUAGACCAACUCUUGCAUUCCCUCCACUCAUUUUGUGUCCUGUGUCUUUUAUAUGAAUGAAUCUGGUAUGAUGGCUGGAAUGCUCUGAAUGCAAUCACAAUGGCAUCGUUCCCUGAUGCAAUAUGGCAAGCUCAUCCUUCAGGUCCUCAUAAAAUUGUACCAGCUGUUCAGUGUCAAAUAGCAUCUAUCUCUAAACUGCGCCUCAGACUUGUCAGAAAGAGGUCCUCUGGUCUACAUGCCCUUCCCUUGCACCUCCUAUGUUUCAUGGGUAUAAGUGGCUGAUAUUCAGAUUGAGCAUCCAGAGGCAGUACAGGAGUGUGUGGUUCAAUUUCCUAUGGUCUGCAUCAGCUACCAUAGCCCUCUGCCCCUUGGUAACCGUGAAGCAUCAUGAAUAGAUUUGAUGUGGAAGGACUCAGUGUUUGAUAUAUUGUGCCAAACAUGAGGUGUGCCAGAGAGAUUAUGGAGAUAAAUGUAAGUAUGGAUUAUUUGUUAUAAUGUAUUCAAGUGAUGUAUAUGUAUGUAUGUAUGUAUGUGUUGUGGGUGAUAUACAGUGUUUUUGUAGGCAAAUAUUUUGGGCAGCAACAGUUGUUUUCUUCCACCAUUGGAAAUGUUAAGAUAUCUUUGCUGGGCUUUACUAAGUCUUAAGGUGUUGGUAUGUUUUAAAGAAUGGAAAAUCUGACACAGGUGGAGUGACCUAGGGUGAGGUCUAUAAAGACAUCUAGUAAUCUAUAGAGUGGUUAACACAGAACAUUGGUCAGUGUUCACUGUAAUGCUGUAAUGUUAUGGUGUAGGUGAAGUGUGUUGAAAUUAGAACUAUAGAACUAUUGGACUUGUAUUGAAUGUUAUGAGGCAGGAGUAAUAUUGGAUGGAUAAAGAUGUAAUAUUUUCAUUGUACUGAUACACAUUAAUAAGAAGUUAUGAUUGAUUUUCACCAGUCUUAUCUACACAAGGUGGCUUGCAGUAAGCAAAAUAGGGACAUUAGAAUAGAAAAGAGGGUCAAAUGGAUUUGUGCCUCUUAUAUAGAGACACCCCAGUCAAUAACAAGGAAUGCUCAGUACCAAAUAUUGUCAACUGACAACCAUGCAAUACCCACUUUUUAAAUUGAGGGGUCUAAGGAGUCCCAAUCAACCAAUUUCUGAACGAUUUUGGGGUCUUUUUCAGUGAAUUUUGGUCCCAUUUUGAAUUUAUUUAAAUGUACUUCAAUUUGGGUCUUAUUAGCAUGUGGUAUUAUAAGUUAUGGAAAAUAGUAAAUUACACGUUCACCCUUUGAUAUUUUGCCUUACAAUUACUCCAAAUGUCUUCUAUAAAUUACACAUUAAAAAUGUUGCUUAAUGAAUAACCCUGUUAGCGCAUUAAAUCAAAUGACACCACAAAUGUGAGGUGUAUGUAAACAUGUCAACCUUUUUGUUUAUUUUCUCAUUUACAAAAAAAAAGCUGGAAUUAUUUUAUGUAAAAUACACAUUUGCUAAUUUUCUUUCUUAAAGUUCUUUUUUUCAAUAGAAAACCUGUAACUGUAUCAGAUGAGUGUACUCAGGACUGACUCACACAUUCCUGGUAACUAGGAAGAAUAUUAAAUUUUGUAUGUCACCCAUACACAUCCCACUAGCAUGUGUCAUAUUAACAUAUAAAAAUGAAAAAGCAUAUGUAAAUGACAAUUUUUCUUGAAGCUGCCAAUUUUUUUUAUGCUUCAAUAUAAAUUAAUCUCUCAUUACCUCUCACUUUUCCCAGUUCAUGUUCCUGUAAGUAAGACACCCUUUCCCUCCCUUUUUCACUAGUGUCUAUCCUAUGCUUUAUAUUAAAAAUGUUACAAUAGAACAACUAGAAAAAUGGAAAAUUGCAUAAAAAGGAUGUAAAAUACACCUUAAAAUGUACCUUUCCAAGCUGCAGAAGCCUGUGGUGACCCUCCCCAUUUUUUGCUCAGUAGUGUCAUAGACCUGUUCUUUGUGCAAUUUUGGGCACCUGUUCUAAAGAAGGAUAUUAUGGCACUAGAAAAAGUGCAGAGGUGGGCUACAAAAUUAAUAAAAGGAAGGAACAUAUCGGUUAUGAAGAAAGGUUAACAAAUUUAAACCUAUUUAGUUUACAAAUAUAUUCGGGGCCAAUACAAACCAUUGUGUGGAAAUCUAUUCACAAACCGGACUUUACAUAGGACACGAGGCCAUGCGUUUAGACUGGAAGAAAGAAGAUUUCGUCUAAGGCAAAGGAAAGGUUUUUUUACUGUAAGAACAAUCAGGAUGUGGAAUUCUCUGCUUGAAGAAGUGGUUUUACCAGAGUCCAUACAGAUGUUCAAGCGGCUACUAGAUGCAUACUUGCAAGAACAGAAUAUUCAAGGAUAUAAUCUUUCAAUGUAGGGUAAUAACUGCUUGAUCCAAAGAUAAAUCUGCCAUUCUGGGGUCAAGAAGGAAUUUUUUUCCUAGCUUGUUGCAAAAUUGUGCUUCAAACUGUUUUUUUUUUUUGCCUUCUUUUGGAUCAACAGCAAAAAACAAAUGUGAGGUAGGCUAAACUUGAUGGACGCAAGUCUCUUUUCAGCUAUGUAACUAUGUAACCUCGAAUGUGCAGUACCGUCUUCAUAUCUUGUCUCUGUUAAUAUUUUGUAGUUUAACUACUUGUUGUCAAAUUCCCUGUCUAUAAUUGUACAGUGCUACACAUUAUGUUGGCGCUAUUGAAAUACUACGACUAAUAGCCACUUUAUUUUUGUGCUGGACUUUGUCAAAUGAAAUGCUUCCCCAGAUUAGCCCUGAGUAUACAUCUAUCUCCCAACUGACCAAUCUAUCAUAGAUAAGCUUAGUGGUGGCAACAAUGCAAGCCCCACAGUGUAUGCAUAAUUUAACAGUAUAAGUAGAAGUGUGGUAUCAGAUUUAGGUUACCAGCAAACAGUAUAAAUAGGAAAUUGGUUAAAUUAAAAAAUGUUAGAUCAUAUAACCAAAACCUUGCCCUUAUUAUUUGUGUAGGCCACAUGCGUUAGGCCACAUGUGCGGCUAUAAACCACUCAAACCGACUACAUUUUUUCUCUUGACUGUGUAGAGGAAAGGAAAUUACUAUCAGAAGGAUGGAUGGGUAAUAAUGUGGGUAUCCCCUGGAUGUUGGGAAAAAGUUACAUCCCCAGGAUGUACUUGGAAACCAGAGUUAUCUGAAUGUACCUUUCCUGGUUAAAUACUUUGUUAUUAUUAUUAUUAUUACUGGUGUGUUUAUAAAUAAGAAAGGUGGUAUAGGUGAGUGUGGGGGUUGGUGCUAGUAUGUAGAUUUGCAAGUAUAUAUAUAAAAUAGACUUCUGCAUUUGUUUUUGGAGUGAUGCACAUUCGACCGAAUUUCAUGCAAUUCAUUGGCCUAUAUCAGUAAAAGUGAUAUGAUUGGCAAGAUAACACUCAGUGAGAGGGUAAAAAUAAAAUUGCUUUAUCCGUAUUUCGUCAGCAAAGAAUGUGCAAAAAAUAAAUUAAAAAAUAACUGAAAAACCAUGAACGUAAUUCAGUUUGAACAAAUAUUUUUUUUAUGAAUCAAAAUUUCCGUCCAUGUAAGAGUCUUAUAUGCAUAUGUGUAUGUAUAUAUAUAUGUAUAUAUAUAGAGAGAAUAAACAAAAAAAGAAACAAAUGCCAUUCUACCUGUGUAUGAUUUACUGAGAAGAUUGUAGAUUAAAAAGUAACUUUUAAUAAAUAAAUCUAAAAUAAGAAUAUAAAAAAGAAAAAUAAUAUGAACAGCAGGAGUAAAUGGGCUCUGGACACUUACUGACACAUUAUUGGUGUCGGCAUCUAACUCUCUGCUUAUUUAUUGCUAAAUUACCGACAUCAAGUUCAUUUAUGUCCAGCAUUUCAGGAGUGCAUAUUGGAGACUCUUAACACUAAUUUUGUGUACUCUGUACAUACUUUAUUUCUCUUUCUUUUUCCUUUAUUAUGUUUAUGGGGGGAGAUUGAUAAGACCAGGCAUUUUAUUAAGGGGUGCCCUCGAAGGCACAAGACUCAGGAAUCUUUAUUCUAUACGCCUUCCUCUGUCACUGUCUGUAUAUUUUCUACUACCUAGGCAACCUGUUCAAAACUGUUUGUAAGCCCUCUCUUUAUACUUUGACCUAUUAUUUAGAUGCAGCUAGCAUUUAGGCAAUUUGUGUGAUUUUUAACCAGUUAACUGCUGCCUGUCAGCAGUCCUUCACAGGUGAGCUGCUACUUUGUGCUCCACUGUGGUCAAGCAUAAGUUAACAUCAUUCAGUGCAGGCAGCUGUUGUUACACUAGAAUAUACUGCUAGGUAUCUUGCAGAAAAAACGGAGCCAGGUCAGCAACCCCUUAUUUUAUACUUUACUGCUUGACAGCAAUCUUUAAUUUAUUAUCAAAAUGCUGCUAUGAUCUAGGCAGCUUUUGUGAUAUUUAACUGGCUAAUCGCCGUCUGUCAGAAAUCUGUCUUAGCUGAACCAUUAUCUUUGAUCUUUCUGAGGUUAAGCACCAUAGAACAUUAUCAAUUAUUGUAUGUGGAGUUAACCCAUGUUGUUAGUUGUACUAUCAUGUAGGGAUUUACUUAUCCAUAUCGUUUAACUAUUGACAGCACUGGUUUAGCAGUUGUCUUAUCUCCCCCCCCUUUUGCUACAGCUAUUAGUGAUAUAUAAUAUAGUAUCACUUCUAUUACUUGGGAAUACACUGUUAUAUUGUAGCUAAACAGUAUUGCUUCAGCAUUAGUGUUAUUAUGUAUACACUUUUACAGCUUAUAUAAGUAGUCACAGAGUUUUACUCGCUGUAUAGUCUCCAUUUACUCCUGCUGUUCAUAUUAUUAUUUUUCUUUUUUAUAUUCUUAUUUUAGAUUUAUUUAUUAAAAGUUACUUUUUAAUCUACAAUCUUCUCAGUAAAUCAUACACAGGUAGAAUGGCAUUUGUUUCUUUUUUUGUUCAUUCUCUAUGACAUUCACCAUUUAGGGGUUACCCCCCUUUUUUGUGCCCUCUACCUUGUGAUAUCUAAAUUUUGGCCCUAGGUUAAUUCUUUUUGUUUUUCUCGUAUUAUAUAUAUAUAUAUAUAUAUAUAUAUAUAUAUAUAUACACACACACAUAUAUACAUAUACACACACACACACAUAAGGUAAGUAAGAAACAAGCUUUCCUUCACAGCAAUUUCUUUGUACAACACAGCGUGAGUUAAAUUAAUUUCCAUUUUUUACUUUGUAUAUCUAUUUAGCUAGUGGUUUGCACAUAAAUCUCAUGUUUCAGUUCUGCUAUAAACUCAUAAGAUUAGAUAUUAGAAUGCUGUUAGAAUUCUAGCCCAGGUAUAAAAGUAUUUGAGAGAGUAAGCUAACAUGGUACCCGAUAACUACGUGCCAAACUGGCUUUCAAAAUGAUCUUUUUUUAAAGAAAUAACCACAUAGAAAACAGUGCAAUUACAUUAGGUAUUGCAAUGAGAAAUGAUGAAAUAUUUUAUAUUCCAGGUUAUGUACCUUUUCUCGCCAAAGCACAUGUAACACUUCCUUAGAUACACAUUACAGGAUUGCAGAAGCUAAUUUACCAUCUACAGAUGCACUGCGUUAAUCACCUCGGGGAUGAUGCUGUGGGCACAGCAGAGCUCGUAGUUUAAAUUAUUCACCGUUACUAAUUACCUUUUUUUUUCUAAAAUAAUUUUCAGUUUACAUUUUUGAAUUUAAAAACUUAAUGUGCACUUUAUUGACAACAUCAUUUAUUUAGAUAUUUAUUUGUUUUGCUGUAUUUGUAUAGAGUUGUGUAGGUUUGUAGUAUAAAGUAAUUGAGAUGGUACUGUGAAUUUAAAAAACAACAAAAAUGUUAAUUUCUCCUUGAGUAUAUCCACUGUAAUAAGUAACUAAAUAGAAUAUAUAAUUAUGUAGUGAUAGAUUGUACUUUGAGAAUGCCUAAGUGAAACCAGUUUGUUAUGAUUUUAACUGUACAUCUUAACUGAUGUAGAAUUCAUAAGUUCACCCUUUCUAAAUCGUAUAAAUGUGCAGCAAAUUUUUUUUUUAAAGGACACAAUAAGCCUUUUAACUGCUUUAUCUCAAUACAAUUUUGUUUGGAGUCCCCUGGUGCCAUGCUUCCAUUCAACUACUUUUAAUGCUUUAAUGCUCAACUACAGUUUCUAGCAGAACACCCCCUCUAUUCUACACGGGCUAAUGACGAAGCGUUAGCCUGAGCAACAAUAAAUGGUUGCCAUUGGCUGAGAGUGUCAACUGACCACUUUAAGCCUAUCACACAACCCAUUGCUGGUAUGGAUUGGUAUGGCUAGCAGGAAGUGCGUAAUCUCUGUGUUAGUCAUAUCUCCAGUAGAGGCAGAACUAUUGAUAGAGAAGAACCCUUAUUUAUGUUUAACUGAAAGUAGGAAAAGCACCAAAGGACUCCAGGUACUAAUUCAAUGAGACUAAAAAGGUUAUGGUGGCUACAGUGUCCCUUUAAAUAAUUUAAGUAUAACUUCCCCACUUACAAUUUCAAUUCUUGUGUUGCUUAUCCAGAAAUUAUUAUUAUUAUUAUUAUAUUUAUAGAGCGCCGUCAAAUUCCGCAGCGCUUUACAAUGGGUGGACGAACAGACAUGUAGUUGUAACCAGACAAGUUGGACACACAGGAACAGAGGGGUUGAGGGCCCUGCUCAAUGAGCUUACAUGCUAGAGGGAGUGGGGUAAAAUGACACAAAAAGGUAAGGAUAGUAUUAGACUAGUGACAGUUGCAGAAGAGGAAUCAGUCAGGAGCUAUUAACGGUUAAAUUGAUACGCUUUAAAUAGUUCUUCUUCUCUUUCAAGCCUUUUUUUUUUCUCAACCUCAUGAAUAUAUGGGCUCAACAUUGUUUUACAUUCCUAAGAAAGUCAGUAAUAUUGAGCAUAUAAAGUUCCAUUUAUUUUUCCCUUUACUCCAACACUUGUUUUCACCCAGCAGAAAAAAAUAUUCUCUAACACCACAACAUUCUGCACCUUUACAAGAUAUACAGUAAAUUACAGCCUCCUCUCAUCUAACACACUUUACAGAAACCUUUGUAAGUGAAACUAGCGGCAUUCGAGUGGCUAGGAAAGGUAACUCCAUAGCAGAAAAUGUAACCCUUAUUUAAAAAAAAAAAAAAACAGCAAAUGUAGCAUAUAAGAUACAUAAUGUUGGAGCAUGUAUAGAACAGUGGUGCCAAAAAGGUAAAUCACCAGAUGUUUUAAAAACUACAUCUUCAGUGAUGCUUUCUCAUUCUAAGGUAUUCUAAAGGUAUGCAAAGCUUUUUGGGAGUUGUGGUUGUACAACAUCUGGGGAUCUACCUAUUGGGCAUCCCUGUAUUAGAGGAAAAUAAUUCCAUCUUGGGGUUCUGGAGAUAAUCAGCCUUGUAGUUUGUUAGGAUGUCUGUUAGGAUGUUCCUUAAUAUGGGUUUCAGAUAUAUAUAUAUUUCAAAUAACACAAACAGGAAAACUUGCAUUAGUAAACAGGCACUUCUCCUGUAUAGCUCCUUUUAAUGUUCACCUGCUCCAAUUCAGUAUUGAUGUUCCGCUCCAACUGGAAUAAUUAGGUCACUGUAAUACUUAACCCCUUAAGGAACAAACUUCUGGAAUAAAAGGGAAUCAUGACAUGUCAGACAUGUCAUGUGUCCUUAAGGGGUUAAAAUAGUAAUAUAACAACCUACAGUAAAAGAAGUAAAAGAAUAAGUGCACUAUAUCAGCAUUAUCUAAGCAUUCUGUGCGAUAUGCGCACUUUAUCAAGAUCGAACUUGUUUUACUUUGGGUAUAUAUAUGUUACUAACAAAUGGUUCUUUCUGCCAAAACUAAGGUAUCAAUAGUGCAGACAACGUAGAUGAAAAGACCUGGAUCCUUUGCUAAAUAAUAUGCAAUGUUUUGUUCUAUUUCCCUAGAGUCAGAGCUAUUAAACUUUCAUAAAUAGGCAUAACUCUUCAUUUCACUAUCCUAUUGCAUGAGCAUUUUAUCUGUCCCGUCACUUGAAUAUAAUUUCACAGAUGUUUUUUCUCUUUCUUUUAAAAUAGAGUUGCCAUUUACCAUGGUCUUCAAUUUCUCGAUAAAUCAUAUUUUAAAUUGUGCCAUUGAAAUUAUUCAUUUUUUUAGCGCUUUAGAAAUAGUAGAUAACACAUUUGCUUGCUAUUUUUUCUAGAAUAUGUUUAAAGAAAAGUGCUUUGAGAAUGAGAUUAUAUGAAAUGUAAAUCAAUAUGUACAUUUAGGUUGGAUUUAAUCUGUGCUAUUCAUUUCUAUUGGUUUUAUUUUAGACCUUCCGAUUAAUUUUGCUAGCAAUGGGACAAUGUGAGUGAAUGGUUGUAUGGCCUCAAAAGUAAAAUAUAGCUAUAGUGUAUAAUGGCAGUCGCAACAGUGCAAUGAUCAAAUGCCACAGGUUCAGGCAUUGUAGAGAUGUUCAUACCAGACCCCUAAGAAUCAGUAGUUAAAAAGGAAAUCAUAUAUUUUUAUAUUAAGCUGGAGGUUGCUGUACUAGAAACCUCCAGCUUAAUAUAAAAAUAUAUGAUUUCCUUUUUAACUACUGAUUCUUAUGGUCAUCAUGGGGUGAUAGGGAACUGGCGAAUGUGAUAGGACUUUAGAUUAACCACAGAAGUCUUCAUUGCAGUAAAAAUUAAGGAUGCCAUAUAAUGCCAUAAUGUCUCAGCAACCUCAGUCUAAUCCCUAUUAAUGAUGUUAGCAUUUUUAAUGUAUUACUUUAUGUGAAUGAUAUAUUAAAAGGGAAUACCCCCUCAAAGAAACAAUAUAGACAGUCUCAGAGUAUUGAUAAGCAUACUAUUUAUAAAAUGAUAAAUCUCGCAUCAAUACACGCAUGCUAUGUGUAAAGUGAGUGCCUGUGGUCUUGGACUUUCUCAGAAGUAAUUUUACCAUUCCCAACUUUUUUUAGAGCAGCAAACAAUGAGUGAGUGAUUGGGUGCGGGAACACCUCAACAUCUGUUCUGGAAAUAGCUUUGUUUAAUUAAUUUAUUUACAUAGACAAACAAUCACAGUAAUUUUCACUGAUCAGCCACACCAUUAAAACCAAUGACAGGUGAAGUGAAUAAUAUUGAUUAUAUCAUUACAAUAACAGCCGUCAUGGGGUGUAAUAUAUUCAGCAGCAAGUGAACAGGUCUUAAAUGGCAAGUGUUGGAAGCAGGAAUAAUGGGCAAGCGUAAAGAUCUGAGUGCACUUGUCAAAGUCAUUCAGAUCUUUCUGCUAGCCUAUUUUUAAUGCUUCCAACAUUUGAAAUUCAAGAACUGACUGUUCGCUUGCUGCCUAAUUGUUAUUUCAUACAUUUGGGAAAAAAUAUCCAAAGCACUCGGUACAAGUGGUCAUAGAUGACGUAUCUGAUGUUAUAAUUCCUUUCAAAACGAGAAGACGUAACAUCUAGCGGGAAACUGAGAAACUAUAUCAAUCAACUUUUUCCUCUUUUGUUUGUUGGUUUUUUUACGGACUUAUUUUCUCUGUAAAAUCUCUACUUUCUGAGGUUGAAGUCUAUAGGUGCUUAAAGAAACACUCCACUACAAAAAUGGAAGGGGUGGAAAAAUGAGUACUCUGCAGAUAUACCUUCACUGAAAACAUGCAGAAUUUUUGCUGCUUGUUGGCAUUUGGGGCAUAUCUAAAAAGACCUCACAAAAGUUCAAAUGGCUUCAGCCUUUGCAAGCCCUCCCCACCUGAAAGUCUCCUGUAGGAAAAAUAACAAAUCAGAGGCUUCUCAUUGAAAAUCCUCGGAAUCUUUCCUGCUGUGCGCAUGCAUUGCAAUAGUGUUCAGGAAAAACGCUGGUCUGAUGUGAAGUCUCUGAGAAAGAAUGAGGAGAAAGCCAACAUGCUCAACCUCUGUUAUCUUAGAGGGAGCUAACAAUAGUAUAAACAAAAAUCUCCCUGGCUGUCAGAAUGGAACCAAGGAGAAGUUUUCUAAUUUAACUGUAAAAGUCCCAAUUUAUCAUGGAAAUCAGCACAUUUAUAAACCGGAAUUAAAAUAGGAUACUCCUCACACAUAAAGCACUUCAGAAGCUGAACUGUAUGGAUGUGGAGUUUCCCUUUAAGAUCUCUUAAUACUAUCAUAGUUAUAUAGGUAUAAGUUACUCAGUGUUAGCAUUUGAACUGAUUCAUUACAAUUCUGCAUUCUGUGGUUUUUUUUGGUUUUUUUUCCUGCUGUGUCUUCAGUAAAUGAGUCUUUUAUAUCAUAAACACACAACACUACAGAUUCCUAUUAUAGAUGCCCUAUAGGUUUUAGGACACGGCCAUUGCCUUCCUCGUGGUGUUUAGAGCAGUGUACUGUCAGUCAGUAAGUGGAUUUAUGAAAAAUCUUCUGUUUUAAUCAUUGCUGAAUAGUUAUUUUCUUUAACUAUAGCAUCAGAGUACACAUAUAUAAUACAGAGAACGUUAACGUUUGUGGUUUUUAUGAACAGGUGAAAACAAUGUAUUUUUAGCCAUUUUUUCUUCCAGCUGCCUUUCUCACAGCAUUAUCUGAUACAAGAGGGAGGAGACUCCUAUGGGGAGCUGUCAUGAUUAGAAACAAAUAUCUCAUUAUGUUUGACAGAUUUCUCUGCAUCCUGAAAACAGGUGGAAAUUCCCCAUCUACCAGCAACAUGCAGAGGUUUCUAUUAAUUCAUUCUCCCUAGUACUACUAGAUCUUUUGGGUUGACUUUGUCAAUGAAGAUUUAGGAAGCGGGUAGGCGACUAUCUUCAAUCCUGGAGAUAUGCCCUGCGCAGCUGCAACUUCAAAAGCAUGGCUUUGAUGCUGGUGGUCUCUGCCUGUCCUAAACCUUGAUGUUGGUGAUUUAGUCAGUGCAAUGGAUGUUAAGGAUUGUGCGGAGAUGGUGAAAGCACUCAAGGAGUCGCAGGUGAUGGUAAUAGGUAACUCACGACUCAAAAUUGUACAGGAGAGUGGUCAGUAAGACAGCUCUGUACAUACUGAUAUUUAUGCAUCUCUAUAGAGGUUUGUUUUUUCAGACUCUCUUAUACAGUCUGCCGAAUACUCUGUUUGAUUUGGACAGUCUGCAUCUAUCUCUUUGUCGAUCUUGGCAUCUGAAGAGGUGAUGCACUAAAGGUAGCUGAACUGCAGGGGUGGUGGUAAACCUCAUAAGGGUCAGGCUGGUAGAGGACUUCUGUCUUCUUCAGACUGACUUCUGAUCCAAAGUGCUCAGCAGCCUCUGCGAAACUGGACUUUAUUUGCUGCAGGGCUGUCACUAUGUGUGAUACAACUAAAUCUAUAGUUCAAUAAAAGAGAUCUACAUCACAUAAAUCCUGUAGAAAGUAUUCCAUUGCUUGUAGAUGCACAACUCCUAUGAUCAUUGCCAUUAUUUAUCUAUCCGUGAUACUUAAUUUCCCCAUUUAGAAACAUAGAAUGUGAUGGCAGAUAAGAACCAUUCGGCCCAUCUAUUCAGCCCAAUUUUAGAAAUACUUUUAAUUAGUCCUUGGCAUUAUCUUAAGUCUAGGAUAGCCUUAUGCCUAUCCCACGGGUGCUUAAAUUCCCUCUCUGUGUUAACCUCUACCACUUCAGCUGGAAGGGCUCUUUACCUGGCCUGGCAGAUACAGCCUAUCUUAGAGCCCUGAUUCUUGCCACUCAGUGGCACUAGAACACCUAUGAUUAAGCCAGAGAAAGACCCGAGGGCCAAAGCCAACUGCCUGUAACUCUGGCUUGGAUCGGAAGUGAGCCAUGGUCCAACAAACCUUCAACCAAGUGGUGUUCGGACACAGUAUGUGCCAUCAGGGCACUUUUUGGAUUGAAGGUACCCGAGGGGGUGAGCUAUCCUCAGGUACCUAAUAUGUAUCCAUGCUUCAGGAAGGGUGGGGGGUUGGGGGUCUUGGCUCCUAGCGCCCUGUCUAAAGAGGACUCAGACUCAGGACUUGCAUGUUAUCAGCGCUGGGAAGAGAACUUAUUCAUCACUCCCUGGAGGGUGAAUAUACAUUCUGUGCUGUGUAAUUAUAUAAUUAAUUAUCUUGAAAUCUGGAAUUUGAUCAAAUAAACCUGUACAGGGACAUGCAGGUAGCCCUAAAGCAUUAGGGAACUAAAGUGUAAUUUUAAUGUUUCAGUAAUGCCCUAAAAAUAAAAGGCUUAUACAUAAAAGAAACAGUGAUAGAAAUAUGUGUGUGUAAAGGUUCUGAGAUUUUCCUGUUAUACUUUCACUGGUGGAAAUAGCUCUCCCCAAAUAUAGCAGAGAAAGUACAUAUGGAGAUAUUCUAGAAUUGAAUGGUAAAUAAUCCCAGGUGAGCAAUUUGCAAUUCAAGCAAUAUUGAAUCAAAGUGGUGUGAGAAUCAACUUAUGGCAGACCAUAUCUCCAGUAAAACACAGAUUUCACAGAGCAAUAUAGGCUAAAAUGUGUUUAAUAACUUUGUACAUACAUUUGAACUUUUCUUUAUGGAAUUUUUAUAUUAAAAUCAAUUACACAGUUAAUUAAAAGAACAUACGUAAUGUCGUAAUGUUUUUUUAUUGUAUGUCUUGCUUAAAACAUGAUGGAGCACACUGGCUUAGUUUAAGAAAUGCUAAAUGCAUUACUCUGUAUUUUUUUCUCCAAAAAUUUCCAUGAACUUGAAUUUGAUGCAUUAGAAUCCACAUCAUGUAAGUCUAGUCUUCCCUAAUUAUUGCCGUAGAUUCUAACUUCUUACUAGAAUUAGCGCAAUCUGAAAUGAUUGGUUAUCAUAGAAAACACUUGAUAGAUCUAACCAAACUGUAAUGAGAGGACCUAGCCCCACUACAUCCACAUACAUAACCUUGGUGAACAGAUGUAAUGUAAAAAAAACACACUUUGAUCUGUAGUAGGGGAAAUGAGCAAGAAUCGUAAAAUGCAUACUUUUAAAAGAAAAAUAACUUUUUUUAUAGUACAUAUUUCACAGUUUCAUUUAUAUUUCAAAUAAAAUUUAUGUAGUAAAAUAACAUUUUGUUUUCAUUAUGUGUAGCAGAAGAGUUCCGAUAUCUACAAAAUUCCAGCUUCUCUCUUGAAGAGGUAUUACAAUGAAGAUUCCUAUGAUGGCUUUGUUGGGCUCAUGGGCAGAAGGAAUUCUGGUAUGAGAGUUGUAAAAAAAAAAAAAAAAGUUUGUGUGUUUGGUAAAAUGGAACAAUAUAACAAAAUUUUCUUUUUCUUAGCUAUUCUGUUUAAUUUCCUGAUUCAAAAUGUACUGUUUUGUUCAUUGCUCCAUUUUCUUUGUUUCAUAUAACUCCUUUUCAUCUUUUGUAAUAAUAUAUAUGUAUAUGAUGCAAAGGAGACCCAUAUGUGUUUAUUAUACAUGCAUUCACCCUUUGGAGGUCUAUACGAUACACCAAGCUCAACACAGUAUACGCAUGUUUACACUUGGAAUGUGUAGCACAAUGCACGAUCCCUUUGAUAUCAGUAUUUGCUUUUGAAAUAUUAAUCUUUUCCAUGAGAUCUAUUGGUGAGGUAAAUUCAGGAAGAAUGUAAUAUCCAUUAUAAUGGAAUCGAAUAAAUCCACUUAAAUCAGUGUGGAUGAGACAGGAGACGGUUAAAAUAAUAAUUUUAAAGAAACAGUCCAAGCACCAUAACCUUAGUAGGACAUUGAAAUGGUUCUACUGCCAGGAGUUUCUUGGUGCCCCCCUUAUACUACUGAAGUCAAACCACUUUAAAAGUCUUACCUCUGUUCCAAGGGGCACUGUUAUAUGCCUCCACUACUUUCGACAGAGAGCCAGAAGUAGCUGCCUGUAUGAGCUAAGCUCGACAGUGGCCGAUUCAGCUUAGGAGGGCUAGUGGAAGUUCCUUAGCAAGAGCUUCCAGUAUACUGUCAUUCAUUUUCAAGAAAGCUUUUCCUCAGCCCUAUUAAUACAUAGCUACAUAGCUGAAAUGAGACUUGCGCCCAUCAAGUUCAACCUUUUCACAUGUUUUAGCUGUUGAUCCAAAAGAAGGCAAAAAACCCAGACUGAAAGCACUUCCAAUUUUGCAAAAAACUAGGAAAAAAUUCCUUCUUGACUUCAAAUGGCAGUCAGAUAUCUCCUUGGAUCAAGAAGCUAUUACCCCACUAAUUAGAAAUUAUAUCCCUGUAUGUUAUUACAUUUUAUACACUCCUGUUAGUCAGUGAUCCUGUUAACAGAAGUAGACUGCAUUAAAGCAGCACUAUCAACCCGAACAAUUUGUAUUUCAUAAAGAAAAUAGUAAUUUUGACGGUGUUGGAAUUUCACUGAAAUUUCAACCCCGUCAAGAGAUAAAGAGACAACUUAGGGGCUACUUUGUCUCGUUAUUUGUCCUCAGUCUGACUUUCUUAGACUCAGGGUAGAGCUACAGAGUCAAUCUCGACAGCUGUCACCAGUGAUGGCUGCAGAGAAUUGGCUCUGUCUAUGGAGGAUCCCCGCAGUCUCCCAGAAUCAUUCAUAGACCUCAAUGCUGUACUCUUGCAAAGUCCCCAGACAGUGACAGUGCCACUUUAACUUAAGAAGGUUAAGUUGGCCUCCUCCUGUCUCCAAUUCCAUGUAGUCUCCAUGCCCUAAUGAUUUUAGACUGCUAAAAGGCAAAUUGUGAUGCAGCAAAAUAUUAGUAACUUGUUCUUAAUUGUUUGUACAAUCAGUAACUAUGUAUUUAAUAUAAAUCAUAUAUUUUGUGCAAUUCUGGAUUGGUUUUCUUUUAUUAAAUCCCCUUGUAAGAUUUAUAAGCACAAAGAGCCUUUGCAAUAAUUCCCAUGACCAAUAAUUUACAUUUGCUAUUAAUAUAUUGUAUUAUUGUUUAUUUAUAAGGUACUGAAGGGAUAGUGGUAAAGUGCAAUGGGGCAUACGAAAGGAAAACAAGUAACAUUUAUACAUAAUAGAUAGUGUUGUGCAAUGAACACACACAGGCAGAAAGAUAGCAGUCAGAUGUAAGCCAUGGGCUAACUGCAGGCACAGCAGGUGAGCCAGCACUAAAGCUUUUUGAAGACAGAACAUGUUGCUUAAAUACUUAGUAAUCAUAAUGCUAUAUGCCACCAAUUUAAAUCCUUAUUUACAAUUGAUAUCCUGAAGUUUUGUUGUUGUUUUUUUUUUUUUUUUUACUCACUUAUAGAUUCUAAGGAAUAUGCAUCUGAACCUUUUAAGCGUAAGUAAUUGUGUUUAUUCAUUCCCGAUUUAUCAUUCUACUCUAAUUUUAAAGGCACAACCAAGUAUAUAUUUAGACAAAAACAAUUACAUUACCUUAAAUAAUAAUACAAAAAUGUUUAACAGCGGAAUAUAGUUAGUGAAUACAAAAAAAUGUAUACUGAUUUAUGCUCUUAAAUUUCAAGAGAAACAUCAACAAAAAUAAUUUAGGGUUUUGAAUGUUUCAGAUUUGCAAAGGGGUCAAAAGGGGACAUCAAACAUUUCUAAUGUCAUGCCAUAUAUACUCUGUCAUGCCAUAUAUUAAAGGGAACCUGUAGCCUCUUACCUUGACAUCCGCUCCCCUGCCGUGAUCACUGAUUUGCCCUGCUUGGGGACACCUACCCAAGCAGGGCAGACCUCCUUAGUGACUACGUUACUCUGGCUUCUGAACGGAGUGACUCCUUUAUGUUCUGGAUCAUAGUCCUGCUGGAAGAUUCAGCCAUGGACAAUUUUAAGCUUUCUGGCAGAGGCAGUCAGGUGUUCAUUUAAUAUCUGUUGAUAUGUGAUAGAGUCCAUGCAUCCUAACAAAAUGUCCAGGUCCACUGGCAGAAAAAACCCCACAGGUUUAUCUAACAUAAAAAAAGUAUUACAAUGGAUAGAUCUUCCAGCAGAACAAUGAACCAAAACACAUAUCAAAAUCAACACAAAAAUGGUUUGCAGACCACAAUAUCAAGGUCCUGCCAUAGCCAUCACAGUGCCCUGACUUGAACCCCAUAGGAAAUCUGUGGGGUAAAGUGACGAGGAGAAUUCACCUGAAUCUGGAGAGAUUCUGUAUGGAGGAAUGCUCUCAGAUACUUUGCCAUGUAUUCUCCAGAAGACUCAGAGCCGUUAUCUUAGCAAAGGAAGGCAGCACAAAGAAUUGACUUAAAUAGUGCCAAUAAUUGUGCCACACAUAUUUAACAAAUAUAUAUAUAUAUAUAUAUAUAUAUAUUGAGAUAAGUCAAUGUUGUGUUUGCAAUUGUUUGAUUUCCAGGAGCACAGAGGAUCUUUUUAAUAAAAUAUCAAAAUGUUAAACAAGAAAGACAACUUUUCACAGCCUUCUUUGCUCAUAUUUAAACACAGAAUGUGUUUAAAUAUGAGCAAAGAAGGCCUUUUUUUUAAUGGUUCUUAACUUCUGGAUUGGAUCGAAUACUGGCUCCACAUGCUACUUUCAGUUGGCACCCACAUAUUUGUCAGGCCAAAGAUGACAAAUGAUUUACUAUAGUGGAUUUGACUUUCCCAAGGCAUUAGAAACCACACUGACAUGGGUUUUUCUGCCCACCACUUGGUUGUUUGCAGACAUCUUCAUAGUAAACAUCUUCGGUACAACCACUUUGUCUAGUUUGUUACAUGCUUCUAACUUUGUAUUGGAUAGUCAAGAUGUUUGUUUGUAUGUAUAUGUGUAUAUAUAUAUAUAUAUAUAUAUAUAUAUAUAUAUAUAUAUAUAUAAAAUUGUAUGUACCUUCCAUGGUUUUUCUAUUUUUGUCUUUUAUUACAACCAAAAUAAAGAUUUUUUCAUUUUUUUUUUAAAUCAAUGGACACUGGAAAGAUCCCAAUAAAUGUGUUUAAGAGAUUUUGUUUCUAGUUCAAAUGGGCCAUUGAUUUAAUUUUACAACUGAAGAAUUGGACGCUGAAUUAAUGGCAUCUACAUAAUUUGGGACCCAAAAAUAAAAUGGUUAAAAGUAAUACAAUAGUAGUGUAAUACAAACUUUACUGCACUUCCUUAAGAAUAAUAUGAAUAACAUGCUCAAUCCUUCGAUACUCUCAUUUAACGUGUACAUUAAGGAUGUCAAACUCAUGGCCCAGCCGAUACAUUGCAGCCCAUUGACAUUGCAGCCCAACUAAUCUGGAAUGUGCAAAAAUCACUUGUCAGACUCUGACAAGUGAUUUUUGCGCUCGCCUCGGCCUGUGUUUCCUCCACCCACAGGCAGCAUGCUGCUCCAUAAGUAAACCGCACGCACAGUACACUGGGAGGGGAAGCGCCACCCCCUCCCGUUUUGCGUAGGAGCGCCAGGUGUCACGUGACUACCCACUCUCCUGCUAUGUCAGAUGAGAAACAGCAGGGAGGGGGGCCAUCUAUUAAUAGUGCAGAGCAGAGCCAGCGCUUCCAACACCUCGGGCGCCGGCUCUGUGAGAAAAACAGCUGCCUGCCAGGUAUGAAUGGAAGGGGUAGGAGGGAGACAUGGGUGAGAGAGACAGGAAUGGAAGGGGGUAGGGAGAUUUCAAUUAGAAUUGAAGGGUUAGGGAGGGAGAUUUGGAAGAGGGGAGAGGUGUGGAAGGAGAGAUAUGGAAGGAGGGAGAGAUGUGGUGGGAGAGACAUGGAAAAGGGGGGGAGAUAUGGAAGCGGGGGAGAGAUUUGGAAGGGAGGGAGAGAUGUGGCGGAGAGAUAUGGAAGGGGGGAGAGAUUUGGAAGGGAGAGAUGUGGGGGAGAGAUAUGGAAAGGAGGGAAACAUGGAUGGAAGGUGGGAGAGAGACAUAGAGGGAGAGACGUGGAGGGAAACAGACCUAGAUGGAAGGGGGAAGAGAGACAUGGAAGGGAGGGGAACAGAGACAUGGAUGGAAAGAGGUAGAAGCAAGCGGAGUGGAGUGUGCAGCCACACAUUACUCUGCCUUGAGAUUGCAGAAGGACUGAGGGAGUGAGCAGAGCAGACAGUGUGGCUACCUACCUGGCUGAGACAGCAGUUUGCAGAGGGACUGAGGGAGCGAGUGAAGCGGACACUUCAGACAGUGGCAUUACUACUGAGAUAGUAAAUAACUCGAGGUGAAGCUUUUGAGUGAAAUAUAUAUAUGUACCCAGAAUUACAUAUUGUUUGCAUGAGAAUGAUACAAGUAAUUUAUUUGGCCUGCGUUAGCCUCUGAUUUUGACAUGCUUGGUGUGCAUCAUUAAAAUGACCCACUACAAAAUAUUUGCAUUUAUCGCCAUACACUGUAACACCUUGUUUAAUCAAUAAAUGAGCAACCUAUUUCAAUUAAAUUUACAUAACUGAUAAGCACAUUAGACUGCUGUAAACUGUAGAAUAGUUACAUAAAUGUCUACAAUUUCACAGCUUUGAUAUUAUAUGGCUGAAAAGAAGACUUCAGUAAACAAUGUUUGGAUGAAUUGAUACAUAGCCCCAUAAAUAUGUUUUAAAUAAAUGGUAAUUAAAGUGCAUCUGUCACCUUAACGUUCUCCUUUUGUUUCUUCCUCUCUUCCUGUUUCAGAAUUAGUUUUUCUUUUCUUCAUUUCUGGAGGUUAAGGCAAGCUCAACUUCUUUUGUCAAGUUUGUCAAGUGUAGGAAAAAUAUAUAAGAAUAAAUAGUCCCUACUUUGUCUUAUAUUUUAAAGAGAAAUAGACCAGAAAUUAAGAAAAGAAAAACAGUUUCUGAAAGAGGGAAAGAAGAGGAAACAAUCUGAGAAAGGAACGUUUGAGGUGACAAUACCACUUUAAGGCCAAAGGGUAACUUUCCAAAAAUAUAUUUAUUAGCGACUGACAAUUAAAAAAAUGCAUGUGAUAUUAAAUGAUAUGUAACCAAUACUAUUCAUGUUUUACAGGAGAUAUGCACGAUUUCUUUGUUGGUUUAAUGGGGAAGAGAAAUUUGGGUAAGUAUUAAUUUUAGCUCUUAUUCUCAAUGAUAUGUAUCACAGCAGUGAUUGUCUACUAAACUGAACAAAUUACAGUAAAUUGAGAAGCAAUUUUUAGGAUAAGCUAGCUGCCUUGGAACAAUCAUCCAGUUCAGCCAAGAAGGAGGACACAUAAUGGGGAAUCAUGUUUUAAAGGAACACUCUAGGGUCAGGAACACAUACAUGUAUUUCUGAUCCUAUAGUGUUAAAACCACCAUCUAGUCCUCCUGAUGCCCUUGCUAAAUAUAGUAAAAUAUAAUAAAAUCUUACUUUUAUUCAUUCUGCAGUUUCUGUCUGUGCCCCUGAUCUGUCUGUGUUGUUCCUGUUGUGAGUCAAUCACAAUGCUUUCCCUUAGGAUUGGCUGCGACUGUCAAGAAGGCAGAUCAGGAGCAGAGCCAGCACAAGCCAAACACAGCCCUGGCCAAUCAGCAUCUCCUCAUAGAGGUAUAUUAAAUCAAUGCAUCUCUAUGAGGAAAGUUCAGUGUCUCCAUGCAGAGGGAGGAGACUCUGAAUGGCAGUGCUGCACACUGUGCAGCACUGCUGCAGGAAGCACCUCGAGUAGACAUAUGAGCAGUGGCCAGUGGAGUUAUCACUCGGCUGUAAUGUAAACACUGUGUUUUCUCUAAAAAAAACAUAUCUGAAAAUGUUAAGUGACUUACUAAUAACAAUUUUUUCAACUAGAAUGUAAUUUAGAAAAAGAACGAUGAUUUACAGUCUGAUUUCUUAACACAUUUAUUGUAAUCUAAAGACACAUUACUGUGAGUAAUAUUGAUGAGAAGUUCUGUUAUACACUCAGACAUAUCAAUAUUUAGCUCCUAGAAAAGAGGGACAAAUGGAUUUGGGUCCAAAAUGAGGACUGUCCCUUUUACACAGGGACACUUAGGCAAUCAGUUGUUAAACUUAGAUCUAGGAGUUGAAUGAGGCAGACAUUAUCAUUUCCUAGUAUGUGUCUCUAAUAUGCUAGCAAUAAUGCUGACACCCCUUGGUGACUGCUAAUUAGUUGUUUGUGAAAGGUAAAAGAAUUAAUUGUUUAGGGCAACAAUCAGUGCCGGUGCUAGGAUUUUUAGUUACACAGGCGAACAUGCAUUUUGGUGCCCCUCAACCUCCUUUAAAAAAAAAAAAUGCAUCUUCACCUGUGUGUAUUUCCUCCCAAGCCACAGGCAUAAUUUUUCAGUCACACAGUCAAAGUCAUACAGGUACACUGUCAUACAAACACAGAAAUAAUCAUACAGAGACAUUUAGACACAUACAGUCAGUCAGAGACAUACAGACAUACAGGCAAAGACAUACAUGCAUACAGAGACAUGAAGGCAUAUAAAAACAUGCAUACAUACAGAGGCAUACCGUCAUACAGACACAUACAUACAUACAGAAACAUACAUACAAAGACAUCCAGGCACAUACAUACAUACAGGCAUACAUAAACAUACAGGCAUACAAAGACAUACUGCCAUACAGACACAUACAUAUAUACAGGCAUACAGAGACAUACAGGCAUACAGAAACAUACAUACAAAGACAUACAGGCAUGCAUACAUACAGAGACACACAGGCAUACAGAAACAUACAUACAAGACAUACAGGCAUACAGACACAUACAAACAUUCAUACAUAGAGAGGCAAACCGUCAUACAGACAUACAUACAUAAACAUACAUACAAAGACAUACAGGCAUACAGAGACACACAGACACAUACGUACAUACAGAGACAUAAAGGCAUACAGUUACACACAUGCAUACAGAGACAUAUAUACAGACAUUCAGAGACAAACAAACAUUUAGUUACAUACAUGCAUGCAUACAGAUACAUGCAUGCAUACAGAUACAUACAUGCAUACAGAGACAUACAUACAUAGAGAUAGAUACAUACAUAGAGAUAGAUACAUACAUACAUACAGAGACAUACAUACACAGACAUACAUACACAGACAUACAUACACACACACAUACAGAGACAUACAUACAUAGACAUACAUACACACACACAUACAGAGACAUACAUACAGAGACAGACAUACAUACAUACAGAUACAUACAUGCAUGCAUACAGAGACAUACAUACAUAGAGAUAGAUACAUACAUACAUACAUACAUACAUACACAGACAUACAUACACAGACAUACAUACACAGACAUACAGACAUACACACAUACAUAUAUAGACAGACAUACAUACAUACAGAUACAUGCAUGCAUACAUACAGAGACAUACAUACAGAGACAUACAUACAGAGACAUACAUACAUACAGAGACAUACAUACAGAGACAUACAGAGACAAACAUGCAUACAAACAGAGACAUACACACAUACAGAGACAUACAUACAGAGACAUACAUACAUACAUACAUACAGAGACAUACAGACAUAAAUACAGAGACAUACAUACAUACAGACAUACAUACAUACAGAGACAUACAGACAUAAAUACAGAGACAUACAUACAUACAGACAUACAUACAUACAGACACAUACAUACAGAGACAUACACAGACAUACAUACAUACAUACAGAGACAUACAUACAUACAUACAUACAUAGAGACAUACAUAGAGACAUACAUACAGAGACAUACAUACAAAGACAUACACAGACAUACAUACAUACAUACAGAGACAUACAUACAUACAUACAGAGACAUACAGACAUAAAUACAGAGACAUACAUACAUACAUACAGAGACAUACAUAGAGACAUACAUAGAGACAUACAUAGAGACAUACAUACAUACAUACUGAGACAUACAGAGACAUACAUACAGACAGAGACAUACAUACAUACAUACAGAGACAUACAGACAUAAAUACAGAGACAUACAUACAUACAUACAUAGAGACAUACAUACAUACAUACAGAGACAUACAUAGAGACAUACAUAGAGACAUACAUACAGAGACAUACAUACAGAGACAUACAUACAUACAUACAGAGACAUACAGAGACAUACAUACAGACAUCAUACAGACAUCAUACAGAGACAUACAGAGACAUACAGACAUCAUACAGAGACAUACAUACAGAGACAUACAGAGACAUACAUACAUACAUACAGAGACAUACAGACAGACAUACAUACUGACAGAGACAUACAGACAUCAUACAGAGACAUACAGACAUCAUACAGAGACAUACAUACAGAGACAUACAGACAUACAUACAUACUGAGACAUACAGAGACAUACAUACAGACAGAGACAUACAUACAUACAUACAUACAGAGACAUACAGACAGACAUACAUACAUACAGAGACAUACAGACAUCAUACAGAGACAUACAUAAUUACAUACUUACAUCUGUUAAAUCUUGUCCCCUGGGUGCAUGCUGUCCGGCUCUGUGGAGUCCAGUCCUGCAACCCAGCCCCAUCACAGGGCGCCAGCCGCGCUGUGUGGGACACAGGGAGCAGGGAUAUGAUGUCAUUCAUAUCCCCGCCCCCUCCACACAGCCUGCGGCAGACACCAGGAUAGGAGGUGGGCGGGCCGAGGCUGAGCUCCGCGGGCGGGAAUCUCUGGGCUGCGCUCGGCCACUCUACAAGUAGUAACCAGCUGGAGGGGAGCCAGGUGCGCUUCCCUCCUUACUGUCUGCCUGAUGUCGCGCCCCCAGGGCUGGUGCGCCCUAAGGCGGCCGCCUGGGCCGCCUUAUGGUAGCGCCGGCCCUGGCAACAAUCACACUGUAUCUACAGCUUAAAGGAACACGUUAGUGUUCGAAAGACAAAGAUGUAUUCCUAACACUAAAACAUCCCUCUGCUUCCUCCCUUCCCCCCCCCCAUCCAUGAAAGGGUUAAAAACCCUUUCAUUCACUUACCUGAUUACAGUGCCGAGACCCCUGAUCAGUUAAUGGGGGGUAUCUAAAGAACAUGCAUGGCGAGCUUCACUUUGAGGUUUUGCUUGAUGCUGGAUGUACUAAUGCAACAUCCUGAAAUGGCAGGAAGCGUCUCUCGUGGCUGUCUGGUAUAGGCAGUCUUAACUCUGCAAUGUAAGCUUUGCAGUUUCUUAAAUAUAUAGGGGUAUAUAGGGAUGCAAAGCCUUUCUUGGUUUUAUAUUAAAGUGACAGUAGGCACCAUAACAGCUUUAUUGAUAUUGUUAUAAUGUCUGAACUCCCCUGGCACCAUGCUUCCAUUUAUUAAGCCAGUCCCUUCUGUGCUGUUUGGGCUAAUGAUACAGCAUUAGCCUGAACUGCAAUGGACGGCUGUGACUGACUAAAAGUGUCAGCUGGCCACAUUCAGCCUUUCAGGUGUGAAUUGGUAUGGAGACAAGGAAGUGUGUAAUCUCAGUCUUUGCCACAGUCCAGUGGGGGUGGGCCUAUGUGAAGCCAUGGACCCUUAUACAGUGAAAAUGGUUUAACACAGAAUGGAGGGACACUGCCAGGGACUUCAGGCAGUAUAACCAAUUCAGUUAGAUACAAUCACAUAUCUUACUUAUAUAUGAUGUUAAAAGUCUACUGCCACUGCUCUGGAAUUUAUGUCAUUGACUAAAACACUGAAAACCACCUAACUUGUGUUAUUUUUAUAUGUGAUGCUCAAUAUUCUUUUACAUUUAUAUAAAAUUUUAAGUAGAUUACACCACAAGCCACUUCGGUCACGGCACAGCUAUGGCAAAUAAUGCAAAUGAAGAGGAGAAAGAGAAACAUUGUUUCAUUUGUUUUUACGCAAUAUUUUACUCUAUGCUGCCAGAAGUAAACGACAGAGUUUAUAACAAAGAUCAACAAAUAGCUAAGAUGGAGGCACCUAAUUACAGGGCAAACCAGUGUGGAUUUCUAUAUUUAAUUGUACCUUUACACCUUACAAAUACUUAGUUGUAAAAUUUAGGGGAUAAGUAAAUGUAAUGUAAAAAAAAUCAUUGGAAUUAACAAUGCCCCUUCAAAGACUACUUCAUAUAUCUGUUAAUCACCUAAUGGACUUUUAUUUUUCCUAGGCAGUCCCACAAAUGAAGAAAAUGAUGCACAGCCCGAGUCUAGAUACUCAACAAAAUGUAGAAUGAAGUGAGUAGAGUCAUACAUUUCAGUAAAACCAUCAGUUCUAUUUAUCUUGGACACAGGUUUCUGUAUCCCUUUAUAAGCAGUCAGUAAAAAGAGAUGUUUUUGCAUUCAUUCUAGGUACAUACAGAAAUAUAUAAUAGUGGGUGUAUACGUAUAAAGAAUUAUUACUACAUUAAAUGGCACUUGACAGAUGAAUCAAAAUGGUUUAGUUUCUUAUAUUGGUUUACAAUCCAGGUGGUAUUUUAUUAGCAAACCAUUGAAAAAAUGAAAAUAGAGAUAAUUUUACACAUAAAUGACAGCAAAACAUGGUGUUUUUUGAAAGAAUAUAUUAUACUAUUGCAACUUUUUAGUAUUUUAUUUUAGCUUUAGAAUUUUACAUUUGAGUGACUCUAGCGAGAACUGUUUGUGUUUUAGUAUUCUUUUAUUAGGGAAAGGGUAGCUUGACACCCAAGGUCCUAUAGGUAAUAGUACUACUACACUAGGCAUCCCAUCCUCCACCGUUAUCAGGACUCUCCGUCCCAAAGGCUAGGAGGUGUAGGAAUGGAUAGGUAACAUUUGUCGGAUUUCUUCCUGGUAUUGAAUAUCCUCCAACACAUCACAUUCAGGGCAAGGGAGGGAUUAAGUGCUGUUGUCUGCCGUAGCAUGGAAAGGUUAAUCAGUCACGAUAUCAGCAACCAUUAACCACUUACAACAAGAAACUAAGACCCUAACCCUUUCUCUAAUGACUGCACUGCCAUGUUCUCUGUAGUAAGGAAGUUAACACUUUAGUAGACCUUCUAAUAUCAUUGAAUGUCCACUAGAACAUUCAUUAAAAACUGUAUAGAUAUUUAAGUUAGACUUGGUAUUCAAGGUUAGAGUGCUAACUGAUAUUAUCUCUGUUUUGUGCAGGUUCAGACGUUCGGUUUAGAAGAUAACUGUCAUUUGAACCCAAGCAUUAUCCAAUGGUUUGAUGCUAAGCACCCUGGAUAUCUUCUUUUCUACCACAGAUUCAAUUCCCACUUGUGUUGCCAUAUUUUACACUAUCCUCACCCACUUGUGUCCAGCUAUGUGUACAUUUUUCUCAUUUGUUACCACAUAUGUACAAAAAUAAGGGCAACAGAAGUGGAUAAUAAGUUCAAUGAAUUUUCUAUGUUACAGCUAUACAUCUUCUACCUUGGUUUCUCUAUAUAGUCCCCUUUCCACUCACUUGUGUAUUUUUUUUAUUGCUUUCUGAUCAUUUAUGAUGCUCCAAUGCCAUCCCUUCCUAUCAUGCAUUUUUAAUGCUACAACAUUAUUGUUGGUCUCAUUUCUUUUUGUGUACAGACAACUAAAUUGAAACCAACAAUUAGAUAGUGAUCCCUCUCUGUUUUAAUUAGAUUAUAGUCAGUUAGCUUUCAUUUAACAGCAAAACAGUUGCUAAAAUGUGGCCUAGAUUAAUGAGUACAAAUGCUAUGGUGGAUAAUAUUUCAAAGUUGACAGGAGAAGAAAUGUUUUUUGCUUCAACUAUUGACUGAUAUAAAAAUGAAUUCUAAGACUUUCCUUUACCACCAUAAUGCUUUGCCUGUGUGCUUACCACUAUAUUAGCCCUGCUUAAAUUACAUGAUGUAACUUAAAGAUAUGAUGAUAAAG